AGAAAAUGGAGAUUAUGACGGGGCACACCUGUGACUCCUGCAGCUUCAACGGCACACUACUAGAGGUGGUACAACACAACAGGAAAGUGCAUGUGUCCGACAAGACCGACGCCACCUCAUGUUGUAUUUGCAGUGGACGCGUGCUUUCGUGCAACCUUCGAAGGCACAUCCGUAAUUGCCAUCCCGAUGACUGUGCCGUUCGGUGCUACAUUUGCAGUGAACCUUUUGUUGAGGACAAAGAUAUGCGGAAUCAUGUCAGAUGUGGCUGCCUCAAGCAUCCCGGCAAAGCCAGAUCUUCUUUCAUUAUCGGGGAAAAAAAGAAAAGCAAAAAACGUGGCCAGGCAUCUACUGCUAGUGCAGCAUCGAUUCCGGCUAAUUUCAACAGCUUUCUGGAUCAUUGCCGCCCCGAUGACGUCAACAAGUACAUCUCCAAACAUCUACAGACGGACGCGGCAUACCGUAGUGAGUGCAGCGAUGUGGUUGAUCGCGUGGACACGUUCUUUGAAGACUGCGAGGGUUUCACGCUUGACAGGUUCAUCCAGGGUGGUUCAAUUGGCAAGGGAACGGUCAUCAAGUCCAAGUCUGACAUUGACUGUGUGAUGUUCACAUCCAAUCUGCCGUCAAUCGACAGCCCUGACUACAGUCGCCAGCUGCAGUUUUCCCUCGAGUGGGUAGAAGACAAGCUGAAGGAAUCCAGGCUCAGCAUCGCCUACAACCUGGAGGUACUGGGUCGCACCAGCCACGCCGUGAAGCUGAGAGUGAAGACCAAGAAGAAAGGUCACGAGUCACACGACGUAGACCUACUCCUUGCAACAGAUCUACUGGGGGAAUGCCCAACUCAGGAACAUCACUAA